ACUUAAAAUAUUAAUGCACGUAAACGCUUGUAAUACUCACCUAUAUGUAUUUUGUUACUCAGCCAUUAUACAGUUUCAUCGGUGAAUAAAAAUUAUCACACAAAAUAUUUGAUAAUGGAAUAUUUUUUAUGGAAGAUUAAAAGAAAUGGAUUUAUUAUAGUGUGGUUAGCAUUCUGUUUUCUUGUUUCAUUAAUAACUAUCAUAGUUUACUUUACAAUUGAUGAGCCUAAAUAUUCCAAAUAUCAAAUUAUAAAAUCAAGACCACUUAAAUUUGAAACAUUAUUGAAUAACAACCAACUUGAUUUCAAAGCAACAUGGGUUUCAGAUGAUAGUAUAUUGACACAAGAUGAAGACAAGAAUAUUAUUUUAUUGGAUGUAAAUAAAUCAAUUAAAUCUAUUUUAGCGUUCAAUUCAAUGCAGCAUAUGAAAUACUGUCAUAAAUAUGAGCUAUCAGCUGACAAGAAAUAUUUAUUAAUAGCUUAUAAUCUCAACGAGACUUAUAGUUAUUUAUCGACAGCAACCUAUGACGUUAUCAACAUCAAGACUGGGAAACAAGUAACACUUAGAGACACAAAACAUAAUCCAAGAGAUAUAAUGAUCGCCAAAUGGUCUCCUAAUGAUUCAAGUCUAGCCAUUGUUGACAACUACAAUAUAUAUUAUAUUUCAACAGCUGCAAAACCAAACCAUGUCAAACAAUUAACUUUUCACGGAUCUGAAAAAUUGUACCACGGUAUCCCUGAUUGGGUGUACACAGAAGAAAUCUUUAGUUCAAAUUCUGCAAUGUGGUUUUCUAAUACGGGAAAAAAUUUAGCCUACGCGACAUUUAAUGAAGAAUUGGUACCAACGGUAUACUUACCAACAUACGGCAUACCAGAUACUAUGUACGACCAAUACAGCAAAAUGUUUAGUUAUCAUUACCCAAAAGUUGAUGACCCCAAUCCAAUUGUCGAAUUAUUUGUACAAGUUCUAAAUAUAACAAAUUAUGAACCCGUGCCUAUACGAAUAAAACCAGUAAAGGAAUACACUAAUGAGACAAUAUUGUAUACUGUUUUAUGGUCAGGCGAUGAACAUUUGUUUGCAAUGUGGAUGAACAGAAUUCAAAAUGAAUCUCAUCUUGUACAUUACCAUAUUUCUAAUAAUACGGCUGAGGUGAAAGAAAUGAUGGAAUUUAAACAAGAAAACGGUUGGCUCAAUUUUCGACAGUCACUCAUUAUUAACUCCGUCAACCAGAUUGCAUUAUUAUACCCCCUGGAACAAGAUGACGGUGAUAUGUACAGACAUGUUUGUGUCAUCUCAAAUGGAAAAAUAAUGCCAAUAACCACUGGUAAAUUCGAAGUCGAUAAACUCAUAAAAUGGGAUUUCGAAUUAAAUUAUAUAUAUUAUUCAGCCAAUAUAGAACAUAUUUCCGAAGUACAACACGUGUACAAAGUGCUUGUAGAUUUGGAACAACAGCCGAGCAAACCGGAGUGUUUGACAUGUAAUACGGGAUGUACUUUCAACAAAGCAGUGUUCAGUGAAAAAAAUACUUAUUACGCGCAUACAUGUACAGGGCCAAACAUACCUUACGUGAAUAUAGUGAAAACCAAUGAAUAUGGCAUUACUGCUUGGGAAACAAAUAGAAAACUGAUUAAUGAAUUAAAAAAUGUCGCUUUACCUUACGUAACAUUUUUAAACGUCCCACUUGUUGAUGACUAUAAAGCUCGUGUCAAAUUGUUAAUUCCAAAGACAGUUGAUAUUUCAUCGGACAAUAAAUAUCCUUUAUUAAUUUACACUUAUGGUGGUCCUACAAUGAAUUUAGCAUUGGACGAAUUUAAUAUAGAUUUGAAUAUGUAUUUGUGUACAAAUCAUGAUAUUGUUGUUGCUCUAGUUGAUGGUCGUGGCACAGAACGAAGAGGUAGUAAAACAUUAUUUGCAAAUUAUAAAAAAUUGGGUUCAGUUGAAAUCUACGACCAAAUGACUAUCGCAAAAUUUCUACGAAGCAAUCUAUCAUACAUCGACAAGAAUAAAAUUGGUAUUUGGGGAUGGAGUUUUGGUGGUUACAUUGCCGGUAUGGUUUUAGCUAAAGACACCGAGGAGAUAUUUAAAUGCGCAUUGUCCGUUGCACCUGUCACAGACUGGAUAUAUUAUGACUCGAUGUUCACUGAACGGCUUAUGGAUACGUACAAUGGACAUGUUGAAAACUAUCAAAAUGCUAGUUUGAUAGAAAAUUCUGAUGGAUUACGUUACAAAAAAUACAUGAUUAUUCAUGGAUUAGCUGAUACUAAUGUUCAUUUUCAACAUUCCGUAAUGUUAUCCAAAGAUCUGCAACACAAAGCCAUAACAUUUCAACAGCAAUUUUACCCAGACGAAUCGCAUUUAUUUACAAAAACAAAAAAUCACCUUUAUCGUACAAUUAUUUUAUUUAUUUUAAGAUCUUUAAUAUAAAGUGUAAUUUUAUAUGUAAAUAUCCUUUAAAAUUGUUGUCAUAUUAUAUAAGAGGACAAUAUUUUGUUACUAUGUACAAGGUAUGUUUUUAAUUGUAUGUAGUAUCAAAAUGUUUUUAAGUUGUCAAUAUAAUUAUUCUAUUUUUAAA